CGGCUUGGCUUUCGCACAUUUGCCAAGAAAGUGUCCGCUUCAGCCUUCGAUGGCGAUCCCAACCAGCUCGGCUGGGUCGGCGUCCGCACCGUGGCAAUGGGGUCCAAGGCGGCCGUGUCAAUCAUGCAGAGAGUCAUCCGCGCGCUUGUCUUUGAACGCACUAACGUCCGCUCGGACACAGAACUUCGCCCUGAUAGGCCGACGCCGCAAGGCGAUGUCAGCGUGGCGUGUCUAGAUGGUUUUGAUUUCGCGCGCCAGGCGCGAACUCGACUGGGCAACCUGGACGAGCCCGAGUCAGCGGAACAUUCGGCAUUCGUCCAUACGUGCCAGAGUUAUGGCAUCCCGCUGAAUGCUGGCAAAGCUAUGGUGUCAGCGCUUCGAGCUGGCAUCUUGGGCGGUCUUUUUAUGGGGGGCCUCGGGCUGCUUUCCGUGGCGCCAGGCAAAGCGCAGCGCCUCGCCUUCAAGGGGGCAACCCUCGUUGCCCAGCAGUCUUGGACGGCAGGUGCGCUGCGACAUUGGGCGGGGCAGGCCUGCUUCGCAGCAGGCUUCCGCCGGCCCCUGUUUGCGGUGUUAGAGCAGAUUUUUCCUUGCAUUCAAGGCGCUGUGGCUAGACCAACCUGGCCAGAUCCCACGGUGGCCCAUGAAAUCCCGUCUUUCACCAUGCUCCUGCCCCUGGCGCACUCGAAUCACAGGGCCCCUGUCAAGCGCAGCAUCUCAUGCGCAGACGCUUCGGAACAUGGCGGGGGCGCGGCUGAAGCCGUCAAGUUUCGACGCCAACUGGGGCGCGAGGCGGGCCAGCGGUUCGAGACUCACUUUGCGCAGCUCGCGGAAAGCCAGCAGGGCGAAUGCGCCCCGCAGCGGCGCUGCGCCGCGUGCGGUGCGGCGCGCGCUCGCGAGUUGGCAGAAUACCCCGAACAAUGCGGGGCAUCCAUGUGUUCCGUGCCAUGCGUGCCCACGCACUGCCGGCGCAUCUGCCAAGCGUCGCACGCGGGGCGACCGGCAUUUUUCGAGCGCCGCCCAGCGCCGGCAUGUUUGACGUGGGAUGUCGCCCGCGCCAACAUCGGCGUCCGUCACCCGUUGGAGCGGCCGCGGGAUUUCUCCGAACCGCAGGUCCAACGCCACGUUCACACAGAAGCAGACCAUUACGAUACGCAGUGGGAGCAUUGGGAAAUGCCCCUUGAUACUUUCGUAUGCGUCUGCCCAGGCGACCUGGGAACCCGAUGCGCAUGCGGCGCCAACGCGCGCACCAAGGAAAGUCCCUAUGGGGGCCGGGGAGUGGGGCAGGCAGCGCAGCGACGCGUUGCGCUUGCCAACCGGAUGGCAUCUCUGGCCUUCCGGUGCCUACUCUCGCGGGUGCGCAACGGUAGCUACGCCGUGGUCGCUAACCCGUGGCACAGUUGGUUGUGGCACUUCCAAGCGGCCCUCGACCUGCAGGAGUGCAGCGCCAUCUUCUGCACCCGCGUUGCUGCGUUGAGCGGCGACGCGAGAGGGGUGGCCACCAUUUGGCGUCUGCUCCACAACAGCGCGCGCCUGCAUGCAGCAUUCGCUGGUGCGCGUGUGCGCGGCCCCUGGUCGGCCGACGAUUAUCGACGCGCGUGCGUCGAGGCUCUCGCCGUGACGUUCGCUGAUGUCGGUGCCUCUGGGGUGCCCAGGGCUCCGUCGGACCGCCCUGGCUGGGUCCUGGCACAGCUGGGGCAAUCCCGUCGGAAUGGCAACGCGGAGAGGCCUACUGUUGCAACGGGCGAGAUCAUGCGGCUACUCGGCGGCAUGCUCCCCGGACAGGAGCACCACCACCUGAGAGCAAUGGUGGCGCGGGCAGACGCCCGAGGCUCCCACGUCUGUUUGGCGACAGGCAAAAUCGCCCAGCAGGCUCAAAGUGCCCCUCGCCCGGCCUUCGCCAAGCAGUGGGAGACGGCGCAGGAAAACCCUUGGAAGUCGAUGUUCGAGCUCGACGAUGAAUUGUCUGAAUACACCAACCAUAUGUGGCUCAACGGCGACUCCCACGGCUACGCGGCGGAUGCGGUGUCUGCCGUGGCGCGUUUUUGCCCAGGCGCGCGCGCGGCGAUCCCUACAACCCGGCAGUGCCUCAGGAAUUGGGAUACAGUGUUAGUGCUUAAGCGCGCCUUCCCGGUCUUUAAAGAACUAGCUCGGGCCAUGGUUGGCGCUGCGCUUGCGUACGAUAGGGCGGACCUGGCGGCCCUCGUCCUCGCGGGCUUUUUGGGUCUUCUGCGGCUGGCAGAGAUUGAGUCUGUGACCCCCAGUCAAAUUCAUACUAACCCGGACGAGAGAACCGCAAUUAUCGUUCUGCCAGACACGAAAGGGGCGAAGAAAGCCGGCGGCGUCGAGCAUGUCAUUAUCCAGGACACGGCGACCGUCGAAGCGCUCCGUUCGGCCUCGGCCGGG